AUGAACGCCUCUUCUGAACUCUUUGUCAAGCUUCCCAACCGAGUACGUAUAUGUUACCAGACGUUCGGCGAUCCUUUAGACCCGGCCAUUAUUCUCAUUCCUGGCAACGCAAGCUCCAUGCUGUCAUGGCCCGAACCUCUAAUUGAGAAGCUGCAAUUAAGCGAAGACGGCAAGAGAUACUUUGUGAUACGCUAUGAUCCAAGAGACACUGGUCUGUCGCAGGAGUUUCCAGUCCCGGCAGGGUACUCUAUCGGGGACAUGGCGGAGGACGUGGAAUUACUUGCUGACCAUCUGAAUCUCACUGAUCCGGGCAAAGGCUUCCAUCUCGUUGGUGUUAGCAAAGGAGGUCCCGUAGCCUAUACUGUUUCUGCGCGUAAACCUCAACAAGUCAAAAGCCUCACGCUCAUGUUUACAUCUCCGGGUGUCAGUCCUGACCUACCCAUCAGAGGUGGACUUGAUCUAGGCUUCCAACCCAUGCUUACAGGUUUUCCGAAUGUGAAAGAGACUGCUAUCAAGUCUGGAAUGAAGAUGUAUGACGCCCUCACCACCCAACCAGAUGAAUCAGAAAGGAGGGAGGUCGAGGAUCUGGUUACACGAACCGUGGAGCGGGAGUACAAGCAUGGCACACUAUUCAGCAAGGGGCCGAAUCAUGGCUCUGCGUCACACGAGAAAGACGGCUGGCCAGGAGUAGAUACCCUCAAACAGGUCAAGUGCCCGACAACGGUUGUACAAGCUGCAAGGGACCAGACAUUUGGGGAGAUUCACGGCAAGGCCCUUGUUCAAGCCAUACCUUGCGAUGUGGAGUAUGUACUAUGGGACGACGUGGGUCACGAACUGCCAAGACGAGUUUGGGACCGGAUGGCUGCACUUGUUCAUGAGACCUGGGAGAGAGGUGAAUGCACAUAG